AUGUACUCUCUUGCAAGAUAUAAGUUCGGGUUGGAAGGAGACUCAGUAGUGGCACAUUUUGAGUACCACAAAAACCCCAUUACAUCGAUUGAAUGGAGUCCACAUGAAGCCUCCACCUUGGCAGUUUCGUCAUCAGACAAUCAACUAACAAUAUGGGACCUUUCUUUAGAAAGAGAUGAGGAAGAGGAGGCUGACAUCAAAGCUAAAACAAGAGAACAAGGUCAGAAGGAUUUGAAAGAACUUCAUUGGCAUUCACAGAUCCCUGGAAUGCUCAUUUCCACUGCUGCAGAUGGUUUUAAUGUCCUGAUGCCUUCAAACAUCGAAACCGCUCUCCCUGCAAAUGAUGCUUGAAGGUUGGAGCCCUAUCCUUCCCUCGUGUGCACUACUAUGCAUAAAUGCUUCAAAUAUUUGUUUUUCAGUGGCAUUGAGGCGAUGGCAUUCUAAAGCAUUUCCGAAUCCUGAGAGUAACUUGGUUUUUUUUUGUUUGGGUAAAUUCACCCAUGUUUUUUUUCCUAAAUGUAUGUCUUUGAUACCUUAGUUCAUAGCAUAAUUGUACAAAAAAUGAAAUAUUUUAUCAGCUCAACCGAAACUCAUUCCAUUGGCAAGAAAGACCAAAUCCAGCUACAAGUUUAGAUUAAGUCGAACUUGAAUUGAUUCCAUUCGUGUCGCACCUUUACAACUGAUGAUACCUAAAAUAAAUUCCAAGUGCUCGCUCCAGGAGGUCAGGCACAUUAGCAGAGGUCAGAGU